AUGAUGGCUUUCGGACCCAUCCUGGCCUUGGCCGUCCUACUGUCUGGCUUCGCAGUGGCCGCACCCAUCGAGCCGUGCCAAAGUGUGGCAAGAAACAUCACCAUUCAGGAACAUUAUGCGCUUAACAACCUGUCCUUAUUGGUUGGUUGGACCUUGGCCGGCGCCGCUGUCAACGACGACGAGCUUGACGUGACGUGUAACAAUGUCAACCUGACAUCGCACGGAAAGUGGUCGCAAGAAGCACUCAAUCAAGCGUUGAUCCAGAAUGUCGCCUGUGCAGCCUCCCAUUCUCAGCCGAACGCCACUGCAGCCUUACCCCACGUUAUCCAGUACAACACCGAGAUUUUCGUAACGCAAUUGCUCCAUGCAUUCCCUCAAAACGAAACCUCGGCGUACGAAUACCUGUGUCAGAAUCUCCGUUAUCUGUCUAUCGAUGGAUUCCGGCUUGACUCCACUCGUAUCAUCCAAGCGACCUGCAAUCGAGCUGGGAUGCGCCCAAGUCCUAGACCUGAGGGCGCCCUUCCGGGGGUUGGAAUUGACUUCACUGCCUCGUCCAUCUUCCUGAAUAUGGUUAGCACGCUCUAUGCCAUGAUAUUCGCAAGCGCUGCCACCUCCGAUACACAGCUGAACAUUUACUGCGCUCAUGCAGGAAACUACGUCGCCAGCAUCAAUACCCUUCUGCUGAACGGGACGCUUGUAAAGGAAACCAUUUGCGAUAUGAAGGAGCCGCUUAGUGUUGAGUCCGCAACUGUGCUUUUCAAAUCCUUAUCAUCGCAGGCAUUUGCAACAGUGCUCGAGCAUGCGAGUAACAUCCAGAAUUACACGACAUGGUUGGUGGACAAUGUGGACCUAGUCUCGAUGAACGACGUUGGCCUCGAUGGUCAAGCCGUCCUCCGUCAUAUCAGUGGGGAGGAAUAG